AUGACUGAGGGCUUAGACCACAGAUUCAGUAGUCUCACCUGGGAUCAGAUUAAAAUUCUGGAUCAAGUAUUAACUGAGGUAAUACCCAUUCAUGGAAGAGGAAAUUUUCCAACGCUGGAAGUAAAACCAAAGGAUAUCAUUCAUAUGGUAAAGGAACAGCUCAUCAAAAAGCAAAUCAAUGUUCGAGAUAUCCGCCUGAACGGUUCAACAGCUAGUCACAUCCUAGUAAAGCAGAAUGGGACAAGUUAUAAGGACCUAGACAUCAUUUUUGGUGUUGAACUUCCAAGUGAAUUCGAAUUCCAGAUUGUUAAAGAGGCAGUCCUAAAUUGCCUAUUGGACUUUUUGCCAAAAUGUGUUAAUAAAGAAAAAAUCACUGCUCAGACCAUGAAAGAUGCCUAUGUACAGAAGAUGGUCAAAGUCUCCACUGACCAUGAUCGCUGGAGUCUCAUCUCACUGUCAAACAACAGUGGCAAGAAUGUAGAAUUAAAAUUUGUUAAUUCACUCAGACGGCAGUUUGAGUUUAGUGUUGACUCCUUCCAAAUAAUACUGGACUCCAUAUUAAGUGUUUACAGAGAACCAGACUGCAAACUGACUGAAGACUCUCACCCCACAGUUAUUGCAGAGAGUAUGUAUGGAGACUUCAAUGAAGCAAUGGACCACUUAAAGUACAAACUUAUUUCCACCAGGAACCCUGAGGAAAUCAGAGGAGGCGGCCUUCUGAAGUAUAGCAAUCUCCUGGUUCGUGACUUUAAGCCAGCAGAUGAGGCUGAAAUUAAAUCUUUAGAACGCUAUAUGUGCUCCAGGUUCUUCAUUGAUUUUCCAGAUGUUGCUGAGCAGCAGAGGAAAAUUGAGUCAUACCUGCGCAACCACUUCAUUGGGGAAGAAAAAAGCAAGUAUGACUACUUGAUGACUUUGCAUGGAGUUGUAAAUGAGAGCACAGUCUGUCUCAUGGGACAUGAACGAAGACAAACUCUGAAUAUGAUUACAAUUCUGGCUUUAAAAGUACUUGGAGAACAAAACAUCAUCCCAAAUGCAGCCAAUGUAACAUGCUAUUAUCAGCCCGCUCCAUAUAUCAGUGACAGAAACUUCAGCAAUUACUACAUUGCUCAUGGACAACCACCUAUCAUCUACCAGCCAUACGCAUUUCACAUACCAAUGCAAAGUGGCAUGGUUUAG